AUGGUGCAUCACAAGGACUGCCCGAAAAACUUCAGGUCGAUGAGAGAUAUGAAGAUGACGAUUGAGACCACAGGGUUCCCAGCGAAUCCUCACAAAGUGUUGUUUCAUCUUAUCUUCGACGCCUUCCGUGGGAGAAGAUCGCAAGGACUGACCAAAACGCAAAUCCAAGCCCGAAUCCAGAGAACGUACAACUGCAAGCUGGGACCGAAGUUCGAGCAGCAGCUGCAUAAAUCGCUCAGAAGGCUAGUCCGCAGUAAACGCCUCGAGAAAUCCGGCUACAAAUACAAAGUCAUCAGGAGCCCGCCCAGAAGCCGACUUUGGAAACUGAAAAACUCACUGCCCACCCCUUGUAGGUGCUCUGGUCUCCCCAGAAAACUCGGAGGCCGUAGCAAUACCGGCAGCUUAUGCCCCAAAAGAUAUCGCCACUCUAAGAACUGCACAUGUUGCAAUAGGAGGAGGAGUCCAGAUCGACGGGACAAGAGGGACAAGGGCCUUUUUGCGGCCCUUGUCCGCAAAAAGAGAAGGGAUGGCAGCAAAGAGAGAAGGGAGGGCAGCAAAAAGAGAAGGAAGAUCAGGAGGAGUAAAAGUCCACGACGAGGUUGCGGUUGCGGUAAGCGCCGGCCACGCAGUCGAGGUCGAGGAGAUCGAAGCCCAGAUCGCAGUGGGAGUCGUAGGCGACCUCCUCGUAGGCGACCUCCUAGUAGGCGACCUCCUAAUAGCGGCGGUCGCCGGAAACCCAAACCCAAACCCAAACCCAGACCCAGACCCAAACCUCAACCUCCAUCGAAACCCAAACCUCAAACUGCAUCGAUAAAGAGAUUGAAGAUUUCGCAGCCUGUCAUUAUCGGUAAUCAAAUCAUGACCGCUUUCGGAAACCGGUCGGGAUGUCGGAGUCAUAGACACGCUCCUAGACCUAGACCUGGACCUGGAUCGCGAAAGAGACGGCCAGGCGGCGGGGGCGGGGGCGGGGGCAGGAGGGCGUUACGAUGCGUAUCCACGGGGCGCGGGCGAUCGCCCUACAGAGGAACCCUCAAAACGAAGUCCACAACGAAGUCCACAACCAGAAGAGUCGUCUCUCGCUCGGUGCAAAGCGUCCUGACGGCGGCGGGCCUCGGCCGGCGAGGGCCGUCGGGCGAGUCGAGCUUGGGCAUGGGCACGGCGAGCCUCGCGAGGCUCGCCGUGCCCAUUCCCACGCUCGACGCCAAGCGCAGGGUGUUCCGAGCCGGGCGAAUUCCGCCCGCCGAAGCGCCGGACGGCGAACCUUUCAGAGGGCGUAGUCCCUCGAGACGGUCGUCGUAUCCGUAUCGGAGCUCCAGCGUGCCCGCCGUUGCGUCGCGGUCCAAGAGCCCGAGUCUGGCUCCGUCGAGCCGCAGCGCGUUCCCGUAUUUGCCCUCGCUCAAGCCCAUCAAGCCUGCGAUCCGACUGUCUGCUCCCCAAUCGCCGACCCGAACGGGCGAUUUGACGCCUAAAUCCAUGAAUCUGCCGCCCAUUCCCACGCUCGACGCCAAGCGCAGGGUGUUCCGAGUCGGGCGCCGCCGCCGAAGCGCCGGAGCGCCGGACGGCGAACCUUUGAGAGGGCGAAGUCCGUCGAGACGGUCGUCGCAUCCGCAUCGGAGCUCUAGCGUGCCUGCCGUUGCGUCGCGGUCCAGGAGCCCGAGUCUGGCUCCGUCGAGCCGCAGCGCGUUCCCGUAUUUGCCCUCGCUCAAGCCCAUCAAGCCUGCGAUCCGACUGUCUGCUCCCCAAUCGCCGACCGGAACGGGCGAAUUGACGCCCAACUCCAUGAAUCUGCCGCCCAUUCCCACGCUCGACGCCAAGCGCAGGGUGUUCCGAGUCGGGCACCGCCGCCGAAGCGCCGGAGCGCCGGACGGCGAACCUUUGAGAGGGCGCAGUCCGUCGAGACGGUCGUCGCAUCCGCAUCGGAGCUCCAGCGUGACCGCCGUUGCGUCGCGGUCCAGGAGCCAGAGUCUGGCUCCAUCGAGCCGCAGCGCGUUACCGUAUUUGCCCUCGCUCAAGCCCAUCAAGCCUGCGAUCCGACUGUCUGCUCCCCAAUCGCCGACCGGAACGGGCGAAUUGACGCCUAGGUCCUUGUUCAAAUUCCUGACCCAGUAAUUUUGCAGUCGUGUGCUCUUUCGUAGCAUCAUUUGCAAAUAUUACAGUUUUGCAUAUCCAAGUUGCUCGUACGUACGUUAUUUGCUAAAGAGUAGACUCAUUGGCAGUACCUGGUGAGUUUUUAGAGGCGUAGAGAAGAAGAUUAGGUCGUUUUCGCAUGCCUGAUGUGAAAACAAACAUUCUUUAUAGAACGACUUUUUUGUUCAUCGGAAAUUCAGCGGAAUCUGUUGUUGG